AUGCCGGCUAUGGGGCCGCAACCCUCUGAGGAGGAGUUGAAGGUCAGGGCCACAGAAGCCCUGGAAGCGCUUGCGCGUGCUUCCGGCGCCAAGGGCCAUAUCUGGAUGGUAAUCAAGGGGGAUGGGGGUAAGAUCGGGGGCUGCUCUCCGAGCCUGAGGCCUUAUGGAGCUGCGCUUAUGGAUGAGGUGGAGAAAGCAACUGAAAAGCCGGUUAUUGUCACUAGCAAGCGCGAACCCUCGGGCCUGCUCAAAGCCGAGAAGGUGCUGCACACUCUGGCCAAGACAAAGCACGUGGAACUGCACCCCAUCGUGGCAACCAUGAUUCAGGGCCUGAACGAGAUCAACAAUCACAAGCACCCGCGCGUUAUGGCAAUCACCGACCCAAGCACGAUGCCUGCGUGGUUCCCGUUUCCCCCGGCCGUGUACGCCCCCCGCGCGCAGAAGAUGGACCUGCACCAGCUGUUCCACGUCAUCGACGUCAUCUUCGGUCAAGUGCGCGGCAACCUGCACGCAAUCCAGACGCUCCACUCGAUGCUCGACCGCGUCUACAAAUCCGGGUCGUGCAGCAUCGGGACGCGCGCCGGGAUCGACUCCUUCUUCGAGUUCCUCGAAGACGAGGCGAUCGCCAAGAUGGGCAAGGUGACGUCGGGCCUCGUGAAGGAGGAGGUCCACGAUGACGUCAUCCCCGCGCAGGCGGCGAGCGAGACGAGCGGCGUCGGGGGCGAGGGCGACGGGGAGGCUGAAGCGGCGUCGCGCAAGCGCGCGCGGAGCGCGGACGCGCCGGGAGGUUUUGCUAACGCGCCGGGAGUUUUCCCUGACGCUUUGCUUCCGAGCGCGUCGCCCGGACACAGCGCCGCGAACAGCACCCCGGCGAACGGGGCCCCCAAUCCGGACGACGAGAUCGACUUCGAGAAGUACAUGUCGGAGGAAGGGGGUCAGUUCCUGGCGGAGUUCGACGCGCUCACGCGGCCGCAGCCCCAACCGCCGCAGCCAUUCUGGGACGCCGCUCCCGCCAUCGUGCCGGCCCCGAUGCCCCCGUCCGAACUGGCGGUGGCGUUCGAUGCUGACGUGGCGAUCGAGGAGAGCGGCCCGGGGGCGCACAUCUGGGAGUACCGCUCGUCGGGGGAGCUCACGCACUCGACCGGCCAGUCGACGCUCGCCACCAACGGCUCUGACGCGCUGCAGCAGUCGAACGACGGCACGUUCCAGGCCGCCUCCGGAAAUGGACACAACUCCACCCCCACCAGCAGCCGAAACUGGGCGCCCGAGUGGUUCGCGGAGCCCGGGGAUCUGUACCCGCGCCCUGACGUGGCGCCACGUCAGCACGGGGUGCCGCUCCUCGGGAACGACGAGGCGCUCGUGCGCGCACGGCUGCAGCAGCAGAUGAACCUGGCCGAGCAGGAGUGGCCGGCCGGGGGGCAGUUUAUGGGCUACCGCAGCCCCACUGAAGCGGCGGACUUCGCUCCGGGGGGCCACAACGCGGGCUUCCGCAGCCCCCCCGAGGCCGCGGCCUUCCCUCCGAGGCUGGCCAGAAACGACGGACUCUCCGAGUCAAUGCGCCGCGACUUCCUGCCGCAGCAGGGGGCCUACCCCCCUGGAACUUACAACGACGAUUACAUCCGAUUCGGGGGGGCGCCCAACGGCAUGGAGCCACGACUCCGCCAGGUGGCCAUUGCAAUGGCGCGCGCGCCGUCGUUCUGUCCCUCCCCCUCCCUUCAGGACAGGCCCCCCCCGGCUCCCCCUCAAGUGCCCCCCCCGGCAGCG